UGGGAGGGGACUCAGGGGAGAGACAGAGAGAGAGAGGAAGGAAGAGAGAGGAAGAGAGACAGCAAGUAAAGCAGAGUGAUAGAGAAGAGACAGACAGACAGGCAGCAGAUCAGGAGCUGACAGACAGCUAGGAAAGGGUUAAAGACUGUCAGCAUCAUGAACCGCUUCAAGGCAUCUAAAUUUAAGAACUGCAUCCCCAAGAUCCCCAAAAAGCAGGACUGGAUUGCAGACAUCGGUGUGGCCUCAUCAUCUUCAAAUGUCAACAAUAUUAAAUGUGGACAACGUCUGAUUGCAUAUAAUACAGACAGUUUGGGGGUCUUGGGACUCACCCCUCUGGAGGUCGUGACUGGUGAGAAGAGGACGGUUUCACACCUGCACUGUCAUUCAGAUCUAGUGUCUGAUUUUGCUUUCUCUCCAUUUAAUGACAAUCUGCUGAUCACUGGAUCGAAUGACCAAACUAUUAAGAUAUGGAAUGUCUCUGAGCCAGGUGAUGCAGGCUCUGCCACCGGUCACCUGGCAGGAAGCGGAGGUCCAGUGCGGGCCCUGCAGUUUCACCCCUCAGCAGAUGCCCUCUUAGUAUCCGCCGCAGGGAAGACAGUGAACAUCUGGGAUAUCUCCAAGGAGGCAAACCUAACAGCCCUGGAUGCUCAUGGAGACCUAGUGCAGGGAGUAUGUUGGAGUCAGGACGGUGUCCUAUUGGGUACAUCCUGCAAGGACAAGAGGCUGAGGGUCUUUGAUGUCAGGAAGAGCAAAGGAGCCGUCCAGGAUGCACAAGGUCAUGACAAUAACAGAGACUCUCGGGUUCUGUGGACGAACUCCAACAAUCACCUUUUAACAUCUGGGUUCAAUCAGGUCAGAGAGCGAGAGGCGCUUCUUUGGGACUUACGCAACUUCAGUCGGCCAGCGACAUCCUUCUCUCUGGAUGCUUCAUCAGGACUGCUGAUCCCACUGUACGAUGUGGACACGGGGCUGCUAAUUCUCGCUGCACAGGGUGAAGGGACAGUGUAUUGCUUGGAGGUCAACACAGAAACACCGUCUAUCGCACAGAUCUCGCAGUGUGUCACAGAGCAGCAGUCUCGUGGUCUAGCCUUGGUUCCCAAGCUGUGCCUGGAUGUGAUGAGCUGUGAACUUCUUCGCCUCCUCCAGCUGACUGACAGGUUCAUUAUUCCCAUCAGUUACAGCAUCCCACGCAAGUCAGUACAAGAACUUCAGAUUGAUCUUUUCCCAGACACAGCUGGUGGCACGCCGGCUCUUUCAGCUAAGAGCUGGUGGGAGGGGGAGAACAAGCAGGUCCAAAAAGUCUCUCUUGACCCAUCCCGCAAACCAGCUCCUGCUUGCCCUUCAAGUGUCGGUAAACAGGCUGUUCGUCGGGAGCGAGAGAUUGUGUCACCUGAUGCUGAGCCAAGUGAAGCUAGUGGCAUUUCGUCUCCUUCCAGCUCGGUCACUAGCCCCUCCAGUGGGAUUGUUUCCAGUACCAGUCAGCGCUCCCUGCAGAAUAUUCUGGGUCCCAGCUCACGAUUACGGCACAUUGAAGGGGUAAUCGUGCACCGCAACAAUCAUAUCACUAACCUGCGAGGCGUUAGCCAGAGCACCCCAGGGGAGUGCGACGGAUUCUGUCUAAACUACCAGCGGUUGGCCCUCCCUCUGGCUGGUCCAGGAGGACAAGUGGCAGUGUUGGAGCUAUCUCAGAGCGGCCGUCUCCCGGACACUCUGCCCACUAUCCAGAAUAAAGUGCCAGUGAUGGACCUCACCUGGGAUCCUUUCAACCCACACAGACUGGUAGCAGGUGGGGAGGACGGAAGAAUACGUGUAUGGCAGAUCCCAGCGAAGGGGCUAACUGAGACUCUCACAGAACCUGAGAUAGUGCUGGUUGGUCACAAUGAGCGGAUUUACACCGUGCGGUUCCACCCCUGCGCCUCCGACCUGCUUGUAUCCUCUUCGUAUGACCUGAUGGUGCGAAUCUGGAACCUGAAGACUGCAAAGAAUGUCCUGACGCUGCAGGGGCAUGAGGAUCAGAUCUUCUCCCUGGCUUGGAGCCCAGAUGGUCGAUUCCUGGCUACCUGCAGCAAAGACCAACGUGUUCGGAUAUACGAGCCACGGAUUUCCAUUAAACCACAGCAGGAGGGACCAGGACCUGAAGGAGCCCGUGGGGCCCGCAUUCUCUGGGUUUGCAAUGGGAAGUACCUGCUGGUGUCUGGAUUUGACAGCAAAAGCGAGCGCCAGCUGUCUCUGUAUAAGCCAGAGGAACUGUCACGUGGCCCUAUCACCUCUCUAAGUAUUGACGUGUCUCCUUCCACCCUCAUCCCACACUAUGACCCCGACACCAGCCUCCUGGUACUAAGUGGCAAGGGUGACACCAGAGCGUUCCUGUACGAGGUGCUGCCAGAUCCCCCCUACUUCCUGGAAUGUAACAGCUUCAACUCUAGUGAUCCGCACAAGGGUUUGCAGUUCAUGCGGAAGGUGGAUUGUGCUGUGCGUGAUGUAGAGGUUUUGCGGGGCAUUCGGCUCAGUAACAGCUCACUCGAACCGAUGGCUUUCCGGGUACCACGUGUCAAGAAAGAGUUUUUCCAAGAUGAUAUUUUCCCCCCAUCGGUUGUGUCCUGGGAACCAGCUCUGUCAGCAGACGAAUGGCUCAGUGGGAAGGAUCGCCAGCAGCGUUCUAUUACUUUGUGUCCUGAAGGCAUGAUACCAGUCAGCCAGGCUCCUAAAGACGCCCCGGUCAAGAAGACUCUUCCGUCAUCUUUCUAUCUUCAGGAGAAAACCGACGAGCAGAAAAAGGAAGAGCUGCUGAGUGCAAUGGUAGCAAAACUGGGAAACCGAGACGAUCCCCUACCGCAGGACGCCUUUGAAGGUGUAGAUGAGGAUGAAUGGGAUUAGCCGUGACCUCCUGUGUCCCCUGCUGCCUCCUCACCCCUCAGCUCUCCGCUGUAGAACUGGAAAUCCUUUGGACAGAAGCUGAGUUUCUGCUACAUUCCAAGCCCAGGGAAAAUAAACUCAGGCUAAGAUGUUUACACUAUCCCCGCAUUCCUACCCAGUCAGUAACUACACUUUCCUCCACCCCAGGGCUGCCGACAGAACAUGUGCUCUUGGACACAGAACGGUCCCUUGACAGAUUCAUUCCACGGUCAUAUCACGGCAGGAAAGCACUUAGCUAUAUGAUGUCGAUAUUAGUAUUUAGACAUUAAAUCAUGGGCCAUGGUGAGGCCUUCUGAAUUCUGUGGCCUUAUCUGUAGGUGGCAUCUUGAUUGUCCCGCGUGCUGUGG